AUGUUUUUGUCAACAAUAUCCAUAGCUGCGUCUCUCCGUGUGAGCAAGCUUCGAAUACUUGCCCUUGCGUUGAUAAUUCACUGUACGAAUACCGCACCUACCCUCAUAGAUCCACUCGAGCCACGCCAGCAAGAGCCAGGUGUCCCAUUUGCCUGUUCGGGUGACCCUGCCGCAGUGCUUGACGGGGCUUGCUGGGAUAUACUCGAUCUAGACGACUACCUCCUCAACCCAGUCACAGGAUGGAACGUAACAACACAGGUUUGCGAUGACACAAGAAUAUGUUGUCUGUCCGGAGAACCGUGGACCACCUGCUUUCUAAGGCUUGCAACGGGGAGAGCCGACUACAGCUGCCUGACCAUCGAUGGCGAGGACUGUACAUGGGACAAGAAGAUAUCGGACGGGCUCGCUCUCAGCAUUCGUGGGAAGGUGAAAUAUGUCACGAAGACUAUUUUUGAGCUCCACAACUUCUUCACAAAAUACUUCUCAGCCCUCACCGACAGCAUUGCUCCUGCAAGCACCAUCAUAACGUCUAUGACACUGACCAUCGACCCGCAAAAGAAGACCAAUCUCUUGAUGCAGCUAGUGCUUAGCGCAUUCACUCUUGGACUGUCUUUCCUUGUGGCGCCUGCUCUGGGUGCAAGUGCGAUCGAAGGCAUCCAAAGUACCGUCCUCAAGCAGCAAGCCUCAAUCUGGUCGAUCAGUCUCGGUAAUGCGCCCGGUGUCGCAAAGACAAUGUGGCCACAGGGAGACACUGCAUCCAGCCUUUUCCAGAUCGGCCAGCUAGAAACCCAACUCGACUCCGCAACCUCUCAAUACCAAGACAUCCUCAACAACGGCCUCAAACUAUUAAUGCUGGACCCUACAUCCUUCGUCGACUUUGCCAAAGGCGGCGGAUACUGCGGCAAUACGACCACCGACCUCGUCGAACAAAAAGACACCAUCGACCUCGCCCUCCGCACCUACCUGACCUCCGAAUCCAUGGGCCAGAACGGCUGGUACGCCACCCCCAACUUCCCCAACACCAUCAUGACCGAGGACCAAUGGAACAACUACCAUCCAACCCCCAAUUGCACCACUCCAGCCACCAUCCACGGCUGCAGUACACCCAAGGACGCAAAGCCAGACAUGUACUGGUCGCCCGUCUCAGGCCGCGUCUAUCGCCUCUGGAACAAAUACGGCGACCCGGACUCCCUCAACAUAAAAACCCCCAGCGAGCUCAUGUCGUCCAUCGUGUCGAACCGCUGGGGCGACCUCCCCUGGAUGUUCGACGGCGCAUACAACUGCACGCUCACGGGCCGGACAGCAGAUAACCAGCUCGUCGACGUCGAUAUUGACAAGGGCGUCCUCGAUCUCAGCUGCAUCUCGCAUCUGCCUAUGCAGAGGGAGUGCUCUGGCGCCUGCCCUGUGGAUGUCCAUCCUUGUCCUUUCAAACAAUACUGCGCGCCGAACCUUGGUGGUGGUUCCGUUCAUGGCGGAUAUCCGACGAAUCCGGAUCCCGCCGAUGCGAGCACGGUGCCGACUUAUGCGACGCCGACGGCUAGUCCGGGUCCGGUGCAUUGUCAAAAUGCGGGGGGCGCGGCUAUUCAUGGGGGGCGGGGGGGCUUGUUUGUACUUCGUAAUUUUGAGGGUGGAGGAGAGGGGAGACGUGGUGGGGUGGGGUGGGAUGGGGUGGAUUGGACUGGCAUAGCGUUGCGUUGCAUUGCGUUGCGUGGUAUUUGGGCGGCAUAG